CGCUAUUCUAGAAAGUAGCCCAGGUGAAAGGCAUUACCUCCAAUCAGACUCACCAGAGCAGGAACACUUCUUGUUUGCUUGACAGGUCAAACAAGUGCAGCACAGAGGAAGUUGCUCAUCAUGCUACUUGUCAACAGACUCCUGUGUGUCUUUGUGCUGGUCUGUGCAGCUGUUGUGUCGCUGGUCAUGUGCUCACGUCCUGCAAGAGCCAGUCCAGUGAGAGUCCAAGCAGUGAAGCGGCCACUGUAUUCUGCAUACAGCUCGUAUCUGUUGCCCUCUCCUGGACGUCAAUCAAAACAGGAAGCUUUGAAUCUAAAUUCCAAACCAGAGACGUCAGGACCGACAGACGGCUUUUUCUCCAGUGUCUCCCAAUAUAGAGGACAAAGCCAAAAUAUGUACCCAGCCUUCAUCCGGAAACAAGCUCCUUUAAUAGCAAGUCAGCAUUCAUAUCAGAGCUCCAAGAACCCUACAGAAGAUACAUAUGAAGAUGGAAGCAGAAGAGCUCAAUCAGGAGGUAGAACCGUGUGGCAAACAUUAUCCCGUGUUUCGUUCCAGACUGGCCGCUAUACGACUAGUUCACUGCCAGUACCAGGAGGGCAUUACAGUGACCCCAAGGACACGGAGGAGCUCGCAUCCAGUGGCAGUCAAACUGAUACUUGGAGACCUAAGAAGGUCCACUCGUUUCUCUUCAAAAACUUGCAGCCAUCUUUCGUUGCACAGACGCUUGGUACAGAUCCAGCGAUGGCUAAUAGACGGCCAGAUAAAGGAGUUAGACUGUACAGACCAUCUUUAGAACAAUCAAACAGUAACGAAGAGCAUGUUGCACUUUUAGCUCCAAUUCAGCACAUCUCUGGAGUUGGCACAGGCACACCGCUGCAAAGUGUUCUACCUCCUGUUGCACAUUUCCAGAGGAGCAACGCCACCGGCGGCAAGACAUCAUCCAGCUCCAUUGCUGUGCCAAACAGAAGUAUCUCCAGCUCGAAAGGGGUUUUUAAACAUUCUCACUGGGCGACGUCGAUGGCCUUUCCCAGCUUCUCUCCAGCCAAUAAAGGACAGCGCCAUACAUUCAAAAUAACCAAUGUUUAUCCCUUGUUGUCAUCAAAAUAUAGUUUCAGCCAGAGAAGAGUCACUCCAGUGCCAGUGCCACGGAACACCACGGACCCUCCAUCUGUAUCUGGGUCCCAGCAAGCCAAAAACCAGGAUCACAGAUUCCUCAGAGACUACAAAAAGAAACAGGGCUUGAAAACAUUGGGCUUUCCACCAUUGAGCACUUUUAAACCAGCAGAUGUCGCCAAAGUCGCAUCAUCGUACAAGUCUGUCGUUCAGCAGAUUUUUGACGGUUUAGAAGAGAACCUCUCUCAGCUGAGGCAUCCUAAUAUAAGCAAAACUCCAAACCCUAAGGAGCAAAAUGAAACCAACAGGAAGGAAAUGCAAAUUGAAAACCAAAAAGCAGCAUUGUCAUCCGCACUGAGUCGUGUGGUCGCAUCAGCUUAUAUCACACCGGCAGGGGGCGCCACAGUCGCUGAUAAGACAGCAAGAUUGAGGCCAAACGGCACAUUAGGGAAGCCUGUUGAGAGGAAAGCCAGGCUCCUCGGCUCCUUCACCAGCAACACAGUGAGAGGCAUACGCGUCGGCGCAAACUACACUAAACAUUCCAACAUACCAAUUGUCCAGAACUCACCCAUUGUGAGACGACCCAAGAAGCCUGGUUACGCUAGUGGGACUGUCUCAUUGGAAUCAAUCACACCAACAACCCAAACAUCCACCACCGAACUUGCGUUAAGUCAUGAUGGACCCCUGGCUACCAGCUCCUGGCUGUUUGAGGGCGUGAUGCACAGCAGGGACAACACAAGUCAGGAAACAACUGUUGGUCCAAACAAGGAGAAAGAGGGCGACAUUAAAACAUGGCCGCCAUUUAACAACACAAAGCUGUUUAAUGUGUCUGAUAGUUUGGAGGCUGAAAGUGAGGCUCGGGAGGAGGAUUUGUUGCAACUCCAUUAUCUCCGAAUUUCAACCAAGAACAUCUCCUUCAAAUCGAUGUACGACCUGGAGAAAUGACUGAACCAAUAAAAGGUGGAAAAAGGUGUGUUUUUGUAAUAAAAUGGAGUUGACUGUGCUAUUA